AUGCUCGCCUGCAGGCAUCGCGCGAAGUCCUGCAACUCCUCCGGAGUCUUCCUGGCAGCGGGUGGCUCGUUGAGUGGGCCCGGCGUUGCGGGGACCCUUUCAGGGGUGCCAGGGGAGCCACUACAAGCGGGUGACCGGGCAGCAAGAGCUUACGCAGAAGCAGUCCAGCACCUCACUGAGCGGGGGCUAGGGCAAGAAGUGGACAUACUAUUGCAGGGGCAUGUAGCGAAAGGGUUUGCGAAGCAGCCAUACUGGACACUGGCCCCUGCAGCACGUAAAUUUCUGCAGGAGUUACACGUGCCUGCGUGGAGCUUUAGUUUGCAUAUGUACGAGCCAGCCAGCAAGCCGGCGGAGCCAGGUGUGGCGGAGGAACUUCUGUCAAGACUCGAGGCUUCUUUGGGGGACACCGCAAGCGUGGCAGGAUGCGUUGAGGGGGAGGUUACGCAUAUGCGGACCCAGCAGAGACGUGGCUACGGCGAAGUCUUGUAUGACGGCACGCCGGACAUCCCUGUUGUAACCUCCAAGGACUUCUACGCAUUUCUCCGCAAGGAGCUCGCCAAGUCAGGCGCUGGAGCAGCGCGUGUUCGACUGCGGGAGCAGACAACCACACAUGGCAGAUCUAUUACAGGUUUAUGCGGCAAAUGGCGAUGUUCAGGCUGCACGUGGAAAAUGUUGGCCACCCUGACGCUGAAGCAAAACGGCAGCACGAAUGUUUUGAUCUCGUGCGACGGCAAGCAUGGGGAACAAGAGCAACCUCGUGGCACAGCCUUGUGGACGCGCGCGGAGGCGGCUGCAAUUGAGAGAGCUUUUCCAGGCGGGGCGCUGCUUUCUGCCAAAGGCAUCCGCAAGGCACUUGAAGAGGCCAAGAUGGGGUUGAAGUGCACGUCGUUGCAAAUCAAGCAGUUUGUCAGCCGCGAGAACAAGAAACGGCGAUCUGAAUCUGGCGACGCUGGAACAAGCGUGCAAGGCUUGAAAAAUGUUGUGUCGUCGUGGAUCGACAAACAAUCCGCAUCGUGGGUCGACGCUGCCUUGACAGAACUACGUGUACUGCAGGCGGCGGACUGUGCGGCAGGGCACUGUUUCUUUGCAUGGUCUUGCCGCGGCUUCCUCAACAACCUCAAGGGAAUCAAGAACAGAUUGGUGUGCUUGGUUGUGGAUGGGAAGCAAAAGAUAGCAACUACGGGCGCGGUCAUUGCGAGUGUAGGAGUUCUGUGCAGCAGCGAGACACCGAGGAACACAACAUUGGCCCGCGACACAGAGGGCAAGAAGUUGCAGGCAGAGCUUCGCACCAACACGGUCCAGCUAGUUAUGCAAGCCUAUAUGGACGCAGAGAGCACGGACAAUUUUGUUCGGUUCUUUCAGCUGUUGUGCGACACAGCGCAGGCAAAGUUCGGGGUAUCCUUGCCCAGCCAGGUGCUGCAGAUGCACUCCGAUUUCAGCGACUCCAUAGAAGCUGCUCGGCGCAAAGUUUUCCCGAAGGCUCGCCCAUGCCGCGACUACCCGCACAUGAUGAGGGCGGUGCAAGGGACGCUGAGUAAGAAGGCCUUGGAGGACUGGCGCGCCCGGACCUUGCACGCGCUACGCUGCACGCGAUUCCUCCCAACAGCAGAGCUGUUCAGCGCUGUCUGGAAACUGAUCUUGCCAGAGUUGCAAGCAGCUGGCAAGGGAGAGGUUGUGGCGUACCUGAAGGAGUACAUCAAGGACGUGCGAAAAGAGGUCCUUGAGAAAAAGUUCAGCCUGCGGGACGGGCUUCUGGCUGAGACGACGCUGCUCUGGGCAGAUUACUGGAGCGGGGUGCUUGGCACACACCCAGGAAGCGCCACGGGGACCCAGACCAUUGAGGCCUUCCACAGUUUCUGGCAAGAGCAGAUUCGCAGAAAAGCUCGGAGCAAGCCGGGCGAAGUUUUGCUCCGCAUGCAGGGCCUGUACCAGAAGGAGUGGAAGGCACACAUGGUGGCAGACUCAGCUACCCACAGGGCCUCACUGUGGCCAACAGAGCCAGAUCCUCUGUUUGUAAGCGGCACAGGCCUGCACCGUCUGGGGCAAAACUCCGCCGAAGAGUACUGGGCAGCGCGACAAAAGCGGAAUGUGCAGAAGGUCGAGGACAAGAGCACAAACGCAACUUUUUAUGUGCUUCGAGCCCAGAAGACUGACAAGGAGGAGCCAGCGCAGGCAAAUGUCAGUGAGGCCAUUGCCCAGCGCAUUGUGCGCCUCAUUCUUCUGGCCGGGCCCGACCUCGAUGCAGCCUUGAGUGAGAGUGGUGUUGUGAGGCAGGUGGACACAGGUGCGUGGAAACUAGAUCUCGCCAGCUUGGACCUGCUUUUCAACUGCCACUGUGUCGUGAUGAUCGGAGACCUGCCACGCAAGUACUAUGCACGCUUGUACAACCAUGCAGAUGUCAAAGACAAGGCGGCGUGCACGUGCCCAACUUUUGGCCAGCGGGCGCAGUGCUCACAUGUGUAUUACAUAGAAGCCUUGACAGGUCAAAUCGACCUGAGGGCCCUGCCUCAGAAGCAAAAGCGCGUCCGGCCCAAAAAAAGGCCAGCAGCGCUGCAAAAAGCAGUGACUGUUUCCUGA